UGAGGGAGGAGGAGGGACGCUCACUCAACCAACCUGCAAGUCGGUCCUCGCUCGGCUGCUUUGGCGUGGAGCUCGAGAAGCUUUCCUUUCAGGAGAACAUUGCGGAUCUUUCUCCGACGUUUCCCGAACUUGAGGCACUUAAGCAGCAAGGGGUAGGGGGCCGCCGAAGUGUAGGGAAACUUCUCCCCGGGGCCGGCCGUCGAUCGUGAGACUUGCUCGGAUGGAGCCACAGCGGCGCGCUUGACGUUCAAGUGGCAACAAGCUCGGAAGGCGAGCGAACAAUCCGGCCCGUCAAAUUCAGGUUUUGGCACCGCCUCAUCCUUUAGUUUUUUUUGUUGUUGCUGGUGGCUUUGGAGGUCGCAGUCCAGUUCAGUCCAGGGGACCCCCACUCUUUCUCUGUUUUUUUUUUUUUUUUUUUUGAAGCCCCUCAAGUGGGAUUUGCGCAAAUUGCAUGCUCGCUCUUUGUGCGUGGUUCUAACAGAGAAGACCCCCUACCCCCCCCCCCCCCACCCCCCACUCCCCUCCGGGAGACGAGGUGCCAUGGCGCAGCUGUGUGCGGGAAUUUCCGUGCUCCUCUUGGCGCUGCACGUCCAAGGGAAUGAUGCAUCACAAAGCACGGGCCUUGGUGGAGGUCAGAUGGUCCAGAUGGAUUCGAGCAAGUCGGGCUUUGUGGGCUCCCAGGUGGAGCUGCGCUGCAUUUUCAUCAACAGCAACCCGCCGGUGAAGAUCUCGCAGGUGACCUGGCAGAAGCUGCUCAACGGCACCAAGCAGAACGUGGCCAUCGCCAACCCGGCCCUGGGCGUUUCCGUGCUAGCGCCCUUCAAGGAACGCGUCAGCUUCAAGCAAGCGGCCGUGCGCCACCGCACGCCCUCGCUGGAGGACACCACCAUCGUCUUCUCCAACCUGCAGCUGUACGACGAGGCGGCGUACAUCUGCGAGUACACCACCUUCCCGGCGGGCAACCGCGAGAAUAUGGUCAACCUCACCGUCUUUGCUCGCCCCAUGACUCGCAUGACCUUGACCACGCCCACCAUCGUGGCCCGCUCUCAGCGCCGCAAGAUGACGGUGGCCACGUGCAUGUCGGCCAACGGCAAGCCGCCCAGCGUGAUCAGGUGGGACACCAGGCUAAAGGGCGAGGCCACCUUCCAGGAGACGCGCAACCAGAACGGAACGGUGACGGUGCGCAGCAACUACGUGAUCGUGCCCGGCCGGGAGACGCACAAGCAGAAACUGACGUGCAUCGUCACGUACCGCAACGAGAGGUUCGCCGACAGCGUGGUGCUCAAUGUGCAGUACGAACCCGAGGUAAAGAUCGAAGGCUUCGACGCCAACUGGUACCUGAACCGCCAGAACGUGCAGCUGACCUGCCGGGCAGACGCCAACCCCCCUGUCACCAUCUACCAGUGGAAACUUCUGAAUGGCUCGCUGCCGAGCAAUGUUGAGAUCAAGAACAACAGCCUGUUCUUCAAGGGCCCCGUCACCUACGACCUGGCCGGCACGUACGUGUGCGACGCCACCAACGGCAUCGGCACGCGCACCGGGAUCGUGGACGUCAACAUCACAGAAAAACCGAUGGCGCAGGGCCCCCCGGGCGGCGUUAUCGGGAUCCUCGGAGGCGUCGUGGCCAUCGGCCUCAUCAUCGGCGUGGCCGUCACCGUGGUCAUGGUCCACCGGCGCCAGCAGAAGACCCGCACGGAGACAGAUAAUGACCUCAUCGCCGUUGCGGCUGUUACUGACAGUUGCGUGACACAGGCUGCAGAGAAGCCAGAGUCCGCCACAAGGACCGACCUCCCGCCGGCCCACAAGCCCGCCCCGCCGCCGCCCAAGAAGAAGAACAGCGACAUGAAGGGACACUUGACAUCCGAUGACAUCCAGGUGGUCCAUCUGGACAAAGACGACGAGAUGCAGAAGCUUCCUCUCCAGCCGCCUUAUUACGACAUGGCGCCCUCCGAGUCGACCCCCUUCACCGAUAAGCCGGACACCGGGAACCAUCCGGAUGAGCCGUUGAACCCGACCGAGUACAUGAGCCACCAGCGCGACGUGGAGCACCCGCCCGAGUGUCAGCCCGCGGCUCCCCCGACCCACCCGCCCGUCACCUUCCUGCCGCAGCACCCUUACGCCCAGCCGCCCUCCAACGAGCCCAUGUACUCCAACACCGGCUUCUCCGCCCCCACCGCCCCGCGAGCGCCCUUCCCCAAGGAGCAAUCCGUGUGACGCCCCCUGCCCCAAACACGACGCACCUCGUAACCCCCUGACCCCGACCCCGUCCUGCUCGUCGUCACCUUUUCGUAAUCGACUUUGCAUUCCCCCCCAAUUGAAUUGCUCGCUUGCUUCCCCCUGAUUGUCGACUAAAUUCAUCUUUAAAAAUCACGGGAAAAAAGUCGUGAAAUAAUUAAUAUAUUCCUUAAUUUAAGCAAAAUCAUCUGACAAUAGAACAGGACAUUUUUGACUUGGUAAGAUUUCUUAAAACAAGUAAUCAUAGUUAGCCCCCCAAAAAAAAUUACAAAAAAAAAACCACCUGAUACUUACACCUGGUAUUUCUUAUUUUAAGCGAAAUUUACUCAUAACCUGUAAUAAAAACUCAAUGACUUAUAUUUCCAACUGGGGGGAAAUGUGCUUAAAGGAAGUUAAAUGGUCGUAUACACGAAAUCCCUGGUAAGAAAAAAUAUCUUAGCAGACAAAGAACAAACAUAUUUUGCCUUGAAUUUUGAUAUUUCAUCUUGGUUAGAUUUACCUUCUCCCUUCCUGAAACGUAACGAAAUGAGGAAUAUAUUACUUCAUUUAUGGAAAAUGAUCUUCCGAUAGAACAAGUAAACAUAGCUCGGGGGAAAAAAAGGUCGUAAAACUAGUGUAUUUAUACUCGCAGCCUCUAAUUUGUAGAUCUAUACUACUAUAAGGAAAAUAUUUAAGAAUUGUUUUUGGACAGGUGAGAAAAUGUGCGUCAAUGGAGCACUUGCUAGCCCUCAUCACCCAAUUCUUGUUUCGAGCUAGGCUCACUCAUAACCAGUCAUCAAAUCUGAAAUGUAAUGAGAGUUUGAAGGAAAACAGUGCUCGGAGCAAGGGAAAUUCUUUUACACAAAAAAGAGGAACGAUAUUGGUAAACAAACAACAACAGGUAUUUUCCCUUGAUUUUGGGAUAUUUAAUCUCGGUUCAAUUUGAGUUAUUGCAGCGACAGUGUACGUUUUCUGCCGUGAAAAGUUCCGAUAAAUACAAUCCGAUCCCCUCCAGGGCUAUUAUGUGAUGUUGAAACUUAUCAUCGCUUCGCUUUUUUCCCCCUGGUUUGUUAGAAGUGAAUGUUAGCACGUUUAGUUACAAGGAAACAUACACACACACAAACGUAAACACUAAAAAAAUAAAUUAAAAAAAAGGGGCUUGCAAUGCGAGAGUCUCCUUUUGAAUUUCUCUAGUUCCAUCAGUGCAAGGCAUUCUUUUUUUGUUUUUGUAAAUACAUAUUUUCUAGUAGUAGCUGAGUAACCCCAUGUAGCGUAUACCCAUUAUUUAACGCGAGGUAUACGAUCACCGAUUGGCUACGCGUGCUAUUGUCACAGCUCAUGAAGAUCUUUAGUUUUCCAGACAAUCACUCUAACCCAGUGGUUCCCAAACUCUGUUAUGGUAAGAAAAAUACAAAUAAAAAAGUCUUACAAAGUACUGAAAUAAUGAUGAGCUCAUCUCAAUUUACUCAUAAAUGACCUACUGGGCCAUUUUAGUUCUGUUGUAUGAGGGUCAUUUAAUUUGAGGGUAAUUGAAUGGAAAUGUGUCACGUUCAAGCUUAAAUAUACAAAAAAAAUCAUGUUUGCGUAGAAGCUGACGUCCAUGCAAAAUAGACAGCUCUCCUUGCCCACAUGCGAGGGCCUCACCUUAAUUGCUCCUUUUUAUUUCAUGUUUGUAACUUCAAACAUUUCUGGAAUUGUGCAACGCUAAUUGUACCUUCUGCCAUCUACUGGAAGAGCAUUGAAUUGUUUCGCUUGUAUCCGUACGUCGCUGGUAAAGAUAGAUAAACCAAGAUACAUUCAGAAAGAAUCAUUUUCAGUGAAUUUGUAUCAUUUCCGCCACCACUCCCGUUGAUCUGCCACAGAAGACCAAUGUGGCGCAGCACAGCCAAUGGGAAUCACUGCUGUAAUCAAGCAAAAUGUGGCUUGAAAAGACUGAAUGACUUUUUUUGUGAUCAGUCACUCCUCAUUUUGUUGUUAGUGACAUUUUUAGCAACAGCAUUAAACGUUGUCAUCUUGAUUUAUUUGAAGGGCAUAUUACCGACAUUUACCGGACUUCAGUGGAAUAGCAACCAUCAAAACGUACGAUCUUUAGCUUAGAUUUCGCAUUAACUGAAUUUACGGUUCCCGAUAGAACUUUCCCUUGGUGGAAAUGUCGCUUGUAUAAAAGCGACUUGUUUGCGACCACUUCAAAAAAGAAUUUUUGACAACUGUACAGAAGCACUUGCUCUCACUCGCUGUGACCAUCGGAGACCAUACAUAAGCUGAUACAACAUCACAAACGUAAAAAUACAACAUACAUAGCUCCUUUCGAAGUAGCAAAUUCGCAUCACGUUUUGCUUUUGUUUUGCUGUUGUUUUUCUCUUCUCUUUUUUUUUUUUUUGCCAUGUCCAAUGUUUAAAAAAAGUAUAUUUGUGUUUGUGCUGAUGUGAAAAAGAAAAAAAAACGCGUUGAAAGUGAUUUUUUUUGUGAGUGAUGGUUGUCGACUUCCUGCUGAGGAGCUUGUUGUUGUUAGUACCACUGAAACACAACGUUGUCUUCUAUUUGUGACACAUUAUUAUUAUUAUUAUAGCUAUGACGAUGAUGAUGAUUAUGUAUGUAUAUGUAAGUAUAAGGGUUAUUAAGUGAGUUUGCUUCAAGUGGUAUUCAUAUUUUUGUCAGAAAAAGUGUCAAAACUUUUGUUUUCCUCAUCACAUUUAGACCUCAUAACCUUUUGAAUCCAUUUCCUUUUGUGGGUUUUUUUUUUUUUUUUUGUAAGACUGUGACUUUUAUUUUUCUAAAUAUGUAUAUUUAUUUAUAGCCUGACACACCUUCCUCCUACUCCAUUUUUUUUUUGGGACAUAUUUGUGAGGAUAACACCCAAGUAGCUUCUUACUGGAAUGAUGACGUCAUGUGAAAAAGAAAAAAUUUACUGUUUUUCUUAAUUUUAUUAUCAUGUUUGCUGUAAAUAUUAACAACGUAUCUAAUGUGUGUAAAAAACAAAAAAACAAAAAAAAGUACAAAAUAAGUCAUGCAGUUUCAAAUUAAACCUCACAAAUUACCC